AUGGACACGGACGGCUUGACUUGGAACGUUCUUGGAGAAGAGGUCCAGAGCUCUCUAGGCAACGUGAAGGAAAACGUGGGCCCAACCGAUGCAUACCUCUAUUUUGUCCUGGCAGUGCUCCUGCUACUGGCGCUAAUCCUCGGCCCGCGAUUCGUCUUGCAAAGCCUGUCACGCAGAGCAGGCCAAGCGACCCGAGUCGUCGAGUGCGGCUCCUGUCACCACCGGCAGUAUGUUCAGGCCAACAUCUCCGCCUUCGUCUGCGAAGGUUGUCGCAGAACCAAUCACGUCUCCUACUGGGUCAAGCCCGAGGAGUUGCUCUACUGUGCAAGCGGACCCAUCAAGUUCUUUCAGUUCCAGAGGGCCGGCAGAGCCUUCUGGCGGGAAGUGUCAGAGAGAGAAUCUGAGCCGGCUCAUGGGGCGCGAGACUGUCCCACGAACGAGCCCGCCCCGAAGCAGACAGAUCCUGACAUUGAGAGCCUCAGCAACCUGGGAGAGGAGUCCGUUGUGCCACGCUGCGUGGUCUGCCUCGACGAGCCAGGAUGCAUGGUGCUUUUACCGUGUUCGCACGGCGCCGUUUGUGAAGCCUGCGUCACCAAGAUUGUUCAGAACCAAGCCUGUGGUGGUGCCCACUGCCCUCACUGCAGAUCGAACAUAGGUACCGUUGUGAAGUUGCGAGACUUCAAAGGUGACAUGGCAUCUGGGAUGGAGCUGCGUAUACCGAUGGCUAGGCAUCGCUGGAGCGAUCCCGGAUUCGUCAUCGCUGAAGGCAGGGUACUACCCAGGGUCCCAGACGCUGAGGCUGCUCGAGCACAAUGCCUGCAGAGAAGAGAGCCUCAGCUGGGGCUGAUCGAAGACGAGGCUCGGCAGCUCAACGACCAGAUCAAGCAGGCCAAGAAGGUCGUGAAGGACAGCGUUGAGCAGCCGAAGAUCGACUGGGCAAACCCCCCGCCGGAGCUGGUGGAGGAUGCCAAGAAGCACGGCCUUGACCUGACGGAUCCCUUGGUUCUCCAAGAGUUGCAGCGAAUGGAACGGGAGGGCUUUGACAAGACGGUGAAUGAAGAGCCGUCAGGUCCGAGCCAAGCUCGCAGUUCGGUGGAGGAGGAAGAGGAGGAGGACUCGGAGCCCCCGGUCCCGUGGAAGAGGUACUUCGCCUUCUUCGCUGUGGUGUACGUCUUUUGGUGCUUGGUGGACCUGGCCAUCCUGAAUCUGGCGCCGAAGCGCCCUCGGCCACUGCGUCCGCCGCCUCCCGCUCCACGGCCAGCGCGGCCGGUCUCAGUGGAAGGUCACGCACGGGCCGAGGAGCCAGUUCUGGAUGUCGAGGCAGUCAUCAUCGAAGAACCGGAGCCGGAAGUCAAUCCACCGGAGUUUCCCGAACUUGAUGAGGUGCCACCACCACCUUCUCAGGGGUACUUCGCUUCGAUGUAUGAGGCCAUCGCACCCUGGAUCGUGGGCGAAGCAGAUGAGACGGAGCUGUAG